AUGAUCUCCCGCACCCUCCCACGGUUCAUCACCACCAUGGCCACCCCCCCGCUCCGCCACCGCUUCGCCCCGCUAAACCCCGCCCUCAGCGCGCGCUCUACGGCGCCCAAGCUCGCCGGUGUGGUCUUUGACGUUGAUGGGACUCUGUGCGAGCCGCAGACAUGGAUGUUCGCAAAGAUGCGCGCCGCACUUGGGAUCGCAAAGACGAUCGACAUACUCGACCACGUCUACACGCUGGCGCCCGACAUGCAGGAGGCAGCGAUGGAGUCUAUCCGCAGUGUGGAGCGCGAGGCGAUGGUGAAGAUGGUGCCGCAGAGGGGGCUGCUGCCGCUGAUGGAGUAUCUGCAGAAGAAGGGCGUGCAGAAGGCGAUCUGUACACGGAACUUUGACACGCCGGUCAAUUUCCUGAUCACAAACUUCUGCCAAGGCCAGCUCUUCUCGCCCAUCGUGACACGGGAGUUCCGGCCGCCGAAGCCGGACCCGGCGGGGAUCCUGCACAUUGCGAAUCAGUGGGGACUGCAGGAUGGCGGGAGCAGCCUGAUUAUGGUGGGGGAUAGCAUGGACGAUAUGGCGGCGGGGAGGAGGGCGGGCGCGGCGACGGUGCUGCUGAGGAAUGAUGUGAAUGGGGAGCUGGCGGAGAGCGAGAUGACGGAUUGUGUGGUUGAUAGGUUGGAUGAGCUGAUUGAGGUGCUGGAGGCGGGGUUUGUGGAGAGGGAUAGAAAAGCUGCUGGUGCGGGAGAAGGGUGA